GCUCCAUAAAAAUACAGACUCACCAGUUCCUGCUUUGAUGUGACAUGUGACUCCCCAGAAUACAUCUUCCUUCUGUAGACCAGCUCCAACAAGAUUCCAUGGUAGCUGGAAUGUUAGGGCUCAGAUUGAGUUGUUUUUUAAAUCGUGGUAAGAUACAUGUAACAUAAAAUUUACCAUCUUAACCAUUUUUAAGUGCACAGUUCAGUGGCAUUCAAUACAUUCAAGCUGUUGUACUACCAUCUCUUGGAAUAGUCUUAAUUGGUGUUAUGCAGUAUACAUCGUGCCAUAUACAGCUUUCUCAUUUGCCAUUUAACAGUAGAACAUAGGCAUCCCCAUUGUUAUGGACUAAAGUGUUUGUGUCCCCCCCCUCUCCAAAUUCAUAUGUUGAUGCCCUAACCCCAGAUGUGAGGAUGUUUGGAGAUGGGGCCUUUGGGGGAUAAUUAGGAUUAGAUGAGGUCAUGAGGCUGGGGCCCAAUGGGAUCAAUGUCUCUAAAAGAAGAGACACUAAAGAGCUUACUCCCUGCCGUGUGCCAUGUGAGGACACAGUGAGAAAGCAACCAUCUACAAGCCAGGAAGAGGGCCCUCACCAAGGAAUCUGCUAGCACCUUGACCUUGGACUUACUGCGUCCAGAACUGUGAGCAAUAGAUUUCUGUUGUGUAAGCCACUCAGCCUGUGGUGUUUCACUGUGGCAGCCUGAGAGCUAAGACACCCAUGUUAAGAAAAACAGUGAACAUGCUUUUAAAGCUAACUUAGAUUCCAUCACAAAUUUAGUGUAUUUUCUGUCUUGGCCUUCUGUUAGCUCCCUACCCCUUACCUCUGGAUGCUUUGCAUCUUCUCUCUGCCAGGCUUUCCAAAAGAGUAGUUUAUAUUCAUGCUCUCCAUGUCCCAUUGGUCAGCUCUUGGGAUCACAUCUCCACUCAGUGCUUCCACUUCUCCCCCACCUCACACACACUCACUCGCUUGUGCGGUGGUUCCGGACCAGCUGCUGUCUGCCUGCCUGAUCAGGAUCCGCUCAUGGAAUCUGCACCAGCCCACACGAGACAGACUGGUCCUUAUCCAUACUCUACAGGGAUUGGGAGAGAGCAGUUCUGUGGGACGUUGUAACCCGUCGUUUGAACCUAAUCGUCUGAUCCAUGUGGAAUUGAUUCUGUUGUGUGAUGGGAGACACAGUGGUCACAAGAAGCACGUCACGGCCCUGCCGCCCCUCCGUGCUUUCUCUGACUGUUCACAGGCGCUGAUUCUAGUGGCUGCUAUGUCAUCACCGGGAAGCAAGUCUGUCAGGCAUGCAGCUGCGGGGUGACCUACACUAGUGAGAGGCACAGCAGUGAAAACAAGGGCAUCACCUCAAGUGAGAGGAAAACAGCAUUGACAGAAAACUGCGGCAGGAGGGAGCUGUGGUAAUCUAUUGCUGGGGACCAAAGAGGCAGGUGUGACCUGAGUGCCCCUGCAGACUGGCUUUGGGGACCCGAAGGCUGGAUAUUUGUCGUGGGGGCACUGGAGGUCAGCUUUGCCCUGGUGAGCAUCCCCCUGUUUGUGAGAAGGGUUGCCAUGAGCAUUCUGCGCUGUAGAGGAACACAAGGGCCGGGAAGCAUGAUGGAAGAGCAGUACCUAGAUGCGGAGGCCAGGGAGCAGAUCGUCACAAUACAGGCUGUCCAGAGGAAGAGGGAAGAAAAGUCAGAAGAACAGGAUCUCCAGGGCCUGAAGGACAAACCUUUGAAGUUUAAAAAGGUGAAGAAGGAUAAGAAAGAAGACAAAGAGGGCAAGCAUGAGCCCCUGCAGCCAGCGGCCCACCACUCUGCUGAGCCGGCAGAAGCAGGCAAAGCAGAGACCUCAGAAGGGUCAGGCUCGGCCCCAGCCGUGCCAGAAGCUUCUGCCUCCCCCAAACAGCGGCGCUCCAUCAUUCGCGACCGGGGACCCAUGUACGACGACCCCACUCUGCCUGAAGGUUGGACCCGAAAGCUUAAGCAAAGAAAAUCUGGCCGCUCCGCUGGGAAGUAUGAUGUGUAUUUGAUCAAUCCCCAGGGAAAAGCCUUUCGCUCUAAAGUGGAGUUGAUUGCAUACUUCGAAAAGGUAGGCGACACCUCCCUGGACCCUAAUGAUUUUGACUUCACGGUAACUGGGAGAGGGAGCCCCUCCCGGCGAGAGCAGAAACCACCUAAGAAGCCCAAAUCUCCCAAAGCUCCAGGAACUGGCAGAGGUCGGGGACGCCCCAAAGGGAGCGGCACCACGAGACCCAAGGCAGCAGCGUCAGAGGGCGUGCAAGUGAAGAGGGUCCUGGAGAAAAGUCCCGGAAAGCUGCUCGUCAAGAUGCCUUUCCAAGCUUCGCCAGGCAGCAAGGCCGAAGGGGGUGGGGCCACCACGUCGGCCCAGGUCAUGGUUAUCAAACGGCCUGGCCGGAAGCGAAAAGCCGAGGCUGACCCCCAGGCCGUUCCCAAGAAACGGGGCCGAAAGCCGGGCAGUGUGGUGGCGGCUGCCGCCGCUGAGGCCAAAAAGAAAGCCGUGAAGGAGUCUUCCAUCCGGUCGGUGCAGGAGACCGUGCUCCCCAUCAAGAAGCGCAAGACCCGGGAGACGGUGAGCAUCGAGGUGAAGGAGGUGGUGAAGCCCCUGCUGGUGUCCAGCCUCGGCGAGAAGAGCGGGAAGGGACUGAAGACCUGCAAGAGCCCUGGGCGGAAAAGCAAGGAGAGCAGCCCCAAGGGGCGCAGCGGCAGUGCCUCCUCGCCCCCCAAGAAGGAGCACCACCACCACCACCACCACACGGAGCCCCCGAAGGCACCCGCGCCGCUGCUCCCGCCCCCACCCCCGCCCCCACCGGAGCCCCAGAGCUCUGAGGACCCCGCCAGCCCCCCCGAGCCCCAGGACUUGAGCAGCAGCGUCUGCAAAGAGGAGAAGAUGCCGAGAGCAGGCUCGCUGGAGAGCGACGGCUGCCCCAAGGAGCCAGCUAAGACUCAGCCCGCGCUCGCGACCGCCGCCACGGCCACAGAAAAGUACAAACACCGAGGGGAGGGAGAGCGCAAAGACAUUGUCUCAUCCUCCAUGCCAAGGCCAAACAGAGAGGAGCCUGUGGACAGCCGGACGCCCGUGACCGAGAGAGUUAGCUGACUUUACACAGAGCGGAUUGCAAAGCAAACCAACAAGAAUAAAGGCAGCUGUUGUCUCUUCUCCUUAUGGGUAGGGCUCUGACAAAGCUUCCCGAUUAACUGAAAUAAAAAAUAUUUUUUUUUCUUUCAGUAAACUUAGAGUUUCGUGGCUUCAGGGUGGGAGUAGUUGGAGCAUUGGGGAUGUUUUUCUUACCGACAAGCACAGUCAGGUUGAAGACCUAACCAGGGCCAGAAGUAGCUUUGCACUUUUCUAAACUAGGCUCCUUCAACAAGGCUUGCUGCAGAUACUACUGACCAGACAAGCUGUUGCCCAGGCUUCUUAGGGUGCACCUGCACCUCCCUCCCACCCAGCCCCCCCCCCACGUGGUCAUUAGGGACAGAGAGCACUUGAGAGGACACUCCUGGUUUUGGUGCCGUUGGCGCCCCAGUCUCAGCUCUCCUCUCCCCCCACCGUGCCAGGCCUCCAGCUCCCCCGCCUCCCCCACUCCCACCUGUGUCGGGACAAGGAGGUGUGAGGCAAGAGAGACAGUUGGAUCCUUUAGAGAGGAUGGAGAUGGCCAGUGGCUAUAGCCUGUGUGAUCCCACCUGUGGUGGCACAGAUCUGGCCCCACGCCAGCCCCAAUCCAAAAUCGACAAGGACAUUUCACAGGACGGGGAAGUAGCACCUGUUCGCCCCAGUUCUGGCCUGUCUAGGAGGGAGUCGUUCUUUCAGCUGCUGGGUGUAGACUGGCCUGAGCCGGAGAAGACGAUGGCCUGAGGCUGGCCACCAGUGGGCGGCGCUAGAGAGGGGCCACCAAGGCCGCAGGACCAAGGCCCGGGCAGGCUGGCCCAGGCUCCAGACCGCGGAGUGCAGCGGGCCAGGCAGAAGGGAUUCCUAGUCGCUCAGAGCAGUUGUGACUGAUAGUUAGAGCCUUAGUAGAUGGGGCAGGGGGCCAGGGGGAAGGAGGGGAAAAUGUUCUUCCAAAACUUUCCAAUUCUAACUCCUUUAGGGACAGCUUAGAACUAUUUGCACUAUUGAGUCUUCAUGUUCCCACUUCAAAACAAACACGUUCUGAGAGCAAACUGGCUUGAAUUGGUGACACUUUGUCCCUCAAGCCACCAGACGUGAUGGUGUUGACAACUACCUGGAUCUGUAUAUACCUGCGCUUGUUUUAAAGUGGGCUCAGCACAUAGGGUUCCCACGAAGCUCCGAAACUCUAAGUGUUUGCUGCAAUUUAUAAGGACUUCCUGAUUAGUUUCUCUUCUCUCCUUCGAUUUCUGCCUUCUUUCAUUUCAUCCUUUUAUUUCUUCCCUUCCUCCCUCCUCCUCGUUUAUGCCUUCUAUUCCAGGCAGGCACAGUGCCCCAACUGUACCCCAGGCUGACGCUGUCAGCUCAGGCCCCCAGAACUCCCCCCACCCUUGGCCUUCCCACCGUUAGCCCCAGCCCCCCUCCCACCCAUUCUGAGCCCUGAGGAAGCCCCAGGCUCUGCUGAAUCCGCCCAGGCCUAGCACCUCGGCCUCUCUGAAGGGCAAGGGAGUGAGCGGCAAGGUCUUGCUCUCCUAGGAGUCCCCUUCCCUGGUCAGACCCCGGGUCCCAGGCCUUCUUAGCCUUCCCACUCAACAGAAGUGGGUGGGAGAAGUUGGGCUAGAUUUGGAUUUCGGAGCCAAGGGCAGCACAGAGACCCACUGUGGCCUGCCAGCGUCAUCAAGUGGCCCAGCCCUGACCUUGGCCUCUGCCAGACCCGGCUAGGGUGGAUUGGUCGGGCAGGGCGGCAGGUGGAACAAGUGUAGACGCCCCCCUUGCUGCUCCUCUGAGUGCGAGUUCUUUUCUGCUGAGACCUCUGUGUCCUCUGCUUGCUGGAGACUGGGUGGGCUGGUACCUCACACGUCUCCACAUCUGCACUAGGGCUGUGAUGUGGGGGCAUAGAAGCUUGGAUUUAUUGUGGGGUGUUCAUUGAUCAGUGUCAAUUCGGGAUCCCAUGCUUUCACCCUCUGUUCAGGAAGUCCUUAUCUAACUGCAUAUCUUCAUCAUAUUGGUAUAUCCUUUUCUGUGUUUACAGAGAUGUCUCUUAUAUCUAAAUCUGUCCAACUGAGAAGUACCUUAUCAAAGUAGCAAACGAGACAGCAGUCUUAUGCUUCCAGAAACACCCACAAGCACGUCCCAUGUGAGCCGCUGCCAUGAACUGUCAAGUGCGUGUUGUCUCGUGUAUUUCAGUUACUGUCCCCUGGCUUCCUCACUGCAGUGUAACCAUGAAGGAGUGAAACAUCUUAGAAACUGUCUAGCACUUCCUUGCCAGUCCUUAGUGAUCAGGACCCAUAGUUGAGAGUUCCAAUCAGUAGCUUAAGAAAAACCGUGUCUGUUUCUCCCAGAAUGGUUAGAAGCAAGGGAGUUUGCCCCGUUCUGUUUGUGGAGUCGUAGUUGGCCUUUCUAGCAUUUUUGUAUCCAUUUCUUGAUGCUGCAGAAGCAAGUCCAACAACCAACCCGCUCUGCUGUCGACCCUCUGGGCUUCACUGCUGACUCCUCCCCAGGAAGGGAUGAGGGUUGGAGGAGGAGGCGAGUCCUUCGGGAUCCCUUUUCCUCCAAGGACAAAAAGCUCCUGACCCUGCAGUGGCCUCGUACUCCUGGCACCCCCCCCCCCCAGAGGACUCCUAUCCACAUGAGCACGGUGUCCAGCCUGUUUGUCGUGGAGGUGCCGUCUGGUUUGCUCGGUCAGGUUUUUAGGCAUUAAUUACACUUUUAGUCCAGUAAAAUGUGGCUCCUGGGACCAGUAUCAAGAGCUGGCCUCCCCACGGCUUGGUACCAUCUGGUCCUGCACAAAGGAAAGCUGGGUCUGCCACAUAACAGGUCAUGGUGGGGCUGACUGCCGGCGCCGGUCAAGAACACAGAAUUUCAAGUGUCAUUUCCUUUCGGCCCGGCCCGACCUGCAGCCCCCUCACUCCCCAGCUGCUUCCCCUAGAAUUUCAAGGCUGCAGGCGGUGUCUAAGGCACCUUAGGGUUCCCGCCCACCCCCCACCCCCGCCCCGCCUUUCUUCCACAUUCCCUCUUCCCCAAAUAAAGGCAUAACUAGUGAGUCACCUUUGGGCAGCGGCCCUGAAGCUCCCAUACCACCUCUGUCUUGGAGUCAGGUUGACAGGAGGUUGGAGGGAGGGCCUAUGCCACGGAAUGACCAGCUGCGUCUGGCCCAGUUUGGGGGUGUGGCCUUGAUUUUGUGUGUACUUGAAGACCGUGAAUAUCAGGGUGCAUCUCUUAGGGACUGUAAAGAAGGCAGGAAUGGACAUGGGGCUCAGUCAGAGCCAUGUUUGGUCUCCCCAUCCCUCGUUCCAGUUAUUUGUGACUACCUUCUCUCCUGACAGAAUUCUGUAUGUGUCCUCGAGUCCCUCCCACCAUGCCCGGCCCAGCCCUGCCCGUUGGUGGGCUUGUCCUAUCCUAAUGAGUGUAAUUGCUGGCCUUGACACUGCAGUGAGGUGGGGACCCUGGGCCACAGCCAGACUCCAGUACAGCUCCCUUCUGCUGCUGCUGUACUUCUGUUUGGAAAGGCACAGGAGACACCCAGAAAUGCCACAGCCCCCAGUCCGUCAGCACCAAACUAGCCAAGGACCCCAUCCCCUCAGCUCCCUGGAAGGUGGAAGCCAUGGUGGUGGCCUGGGGACACCGGCUGCAGCCAGCCCAUGGCUUCUAUGUCUGAGACCCCAUGCCGGUGCUGGCACCAGUGUGUUCAGCGGCGGCGUUCCGGGCUAGAGGCCAUGAACAGUGGCAGCGGGACCUGGAACGGCCCCACGUUGUCACCUGUGCCUCUGCCUAGCUUGUCACUGCUGUGGUGGCCAUCGUGAAGGAGGGUACUAGCCAGAAACAAACUGCCACGUUUGGUGGGAAAGGAGUUUCUUUAGCUGACAGGACCUCUGGAUUUUAAGUAAAUUUUAAUAAGCAGCUCAAGCCCAGGAGGGAACAAAGGGUGUGAAGUGAAUCCACCAGGUGUGGCUUCCUGGAUUUCCUGGAGCUCAAGUGGAGCCUGGCAGCUGAGCUCUGUGCCCCCUUUCCAGAGCGUUCCUGCUGGGCUCUCUGGGCUGACAGGGCCGGGGGAGGUCACAGGUACCAGCUGUAUCUUUGUGCAGCCAUCCCUAGUGGGGUGGUGGCCCCAAAUUGUUUUGUGAUGUGAGUUUCCCACAUGGGUGGCCCAGAGCAUCCAGACCUCGGGAAGUAAGCUUUCUCUAGAGCCCUGUGGGUGUCAGCCUAGCCAGUCCCCUGAGUCCCGGCCAGUGGCCCCGGGGGUGGGGGGGAGCGUGGCCAUGUUGCCAGGCCUGUAGUAGAGCCCCUGCUCUCCUGACCCGACAGCCCCGCCAUGGCGUGUUCAGGCUCUUAGCUGCUCUCUGCAAGGGCCCCAUCUCACUUCUCUUCCUCGGUGAACUCGCCCACCCGAGGGGUUUGUUGAGUCUUAGUUUCUGCUUCUUUCUCUUUUGAAACUCUAUCAGUCUUUAGACAACGUAGUCUAAUUGUUAGAAUUCUCCAGGAUACUGCCUCCCCCAGGGUCUAAAGUUCCAUGUUAAAGGGGAAAAAUGUGAACACUGAAACCCCUUGUCCACAAUUCAGAAGGAAGACCUAGAAAACAUUUAGCAGGAAACUACAUUUCGAUGUUUCUGAAUGAAUAAGAGCAAGCUUUUUCAAAAACACUGAUCUAACAGGACUUGGAGCCUGGCCCAAUGUGUGGCAAGCGCUGCGGGUGAAGGGGAAUCCAGUCUGAAACUGCUGGAUCUGAGCCUUAGGGCCCUCGUGUCAGUGGAGAGCCCAUCUCUCCUUGGGUAGCAGUCCCUGAGGGCUCAGCUGCUGCCUGGUCCUGGGAGGAGGCCUGCCUGUCCCAAAGCUGCAGGAGCCCAGCUCUGGGUGUGGGAAGGAGAGUUCUCACCAGUGAAUCCGAAGGCCUGUGACCUUCUCGCUACUCAGCACCACCUGUUCCUUGGUCUUUUCUCAUUUCCACAGAGCCUACCCCAAGUGCUGAUUUGUCAGGAAAGAUGAGUUCUAACUAGGACCCAGGCAACUAGGAAGGAGAGGGUGCUGUCUCCUACCCAGCCUCUGCCUGCGGUGUGGCCUUUCCCCAAGGACAGUCCCCAGCUCUGCUCUACUUGGGGCCUGGGGCCUGGGUGAAGGGCUGUUCUCACUCGCCCCUCACCUGCAAGAGCCCCCAGGUAAGAGGGAGGGCAGGGGCGAGGACCCUCACACCCUCACGGAGGGAAGUCCAGCUUUGAGUUUCAGAACAUUUGGGAAACUUGCCAGUUGCCUGUGCUCUGCUAGCUGCCCCCUCUACCGUCCCUCUCCUCAGGUCCUGCUCAGCAGUGAGACAAAAUGACAUAAAAAGGCCACGAGGUUUGGCUCCUGCCCACUGGUAGUCCCUUCUCCCCACAGUGUUUGUGUGUCAAGUGACAAACCUGUUCUUCCUGGUGACCCUGAUUAUAUCCAGUAUCUUAUGGACUAUAUGCCUAGACCUGCUUGGUCUCUUUUAUCCUGGGCUUUUGUUUUGCUUUUUAGUUUUGCUUUUAGUUCUUCUGUCCCUUUUAUUUAAUGCACCGACUAGACACACAAAGCAGUUGAAUUUUUAUAUAUAUAUAUCUGUAUAUUGCACAGUUAUAAACUCAUUUUGCUUGUGGCUCCACACACAAAAAAAGACCUGUUAAAAUUAUACCUGUUGCUUAAUUACAAUAUUUCUGAUAACCAUAGCAUAGGACAAGGGAAAAUUAAAAAAAGCAAAAAACAAAAAAACAACAAAAAAAAAACCAAAAACAAACAAAGAAAAAAAAAACAACAAAAAAAAAAUGACAAAUCUGUCUGCUGGUCACUUCUGUCCAAGCAGAUCCGUGGUCUUUCCUCGCUUCUUUCAAGGGCUUCCCAGUGCCGAGCGAAGGAGGCUCCGGGCAGCACCUGGGUUUUGCACUGUUUCUCCCGAGCUUGUGAGAGAGGCCCCAGAGUACCAGUGCGUAAUGGCUCAUUUCAGUGGAUGGGUGCAAGAGUGCUCCCUGGCCCUAGCAAAGCCCAGAAUGGCACUGCCUGGUCCCCUUCUAUCUCUGGAUGGAGUCCUUGGGGGUGGCCUGGCCCCCCCGCCACGCCUUCCACUGACCCGGUCAGAGUGAUCAUGUGUGGAGAGUUGGCUCAGCAGGCCUCCCCGCCAGUAGGGCUGGAGGGGAGACAGAAGGCCGUGUCUCGUCUCUGAAAGUGAGCCGUACCAGGUAGAACACCAGGGACCCCAGAACCACACAUGAGGUCCAGUGGGUCCCCCCCCAGGAGGUAACGAAGACUCCAGAAAUGUCCCUUCCUCUUCUCCCCCAUCCUACGAGUAAUUGCAUUUGCUUUUGUAAUUCUUAAUGAGCAAUAUCUGCUAGAGAGUUUAGCCGUAACAGUUCUUUUUGAUCAUUUUUUAAGUAAUUAAAAACACCAAAAAAAAAAAAAA